UAAGGAAGAGUAGCGAAGGGCAGAGAGCUGGAGACUGGCUUUCAUGUGUCGGAGCAGUUUCUCUGUUGAAGAGGAUCUGAGAGGCAGGUUGUCUUUAGUGUGAGUCAGUGUCAUCUUACAUCUGGAGACAGCAGUGAGGUGCGGCGCGGCUGCAUUGAAUGGACAGAACAUGGGGUCAGAUGAGACCUACAACUUUGUCUUUAAGGUGGUGCUGAUUGGUGAAUCUGGUGUAGGAAAGAGCAACCUGUUGUCCCGCUUCACCAAAAACGAGUUCACCAAUGAUACUCGCACAACAAUCGGGGUGGAGUUCAGCACACGGACGGUGCAGUUCAGCACCUUCACCAUCAAGGCCCAGAUCUGGGACACGGCCGGACUGGAGCGUUACCGGGCCAUCACGUCUGCGUACUACCGAGGUGCUGUUGGCGCCCUGCUGGUCUACGACAUCAGCAAACACCUCACCUAUGAGAGCGUGGAGCGCUGGCUGAAGGAGCUGUACGACCACGCUGACCCCCACAUUGUGGUCAUGCUGGUGGGCAACAAGACCGACCUGGAGUCCGAGAGAUCGGUGCCCACCGAGGAGGCUAAAGACUUUGCAGAAAAGAAAGGUAUUUUGUUUCUGGAGACGUCAGCCUUGAGUUCAGUUAAUGUGGAAGAAGCAUUCACCAACGUCCUAGAAGAGAUUCAUAAGAAGGUGAGCAGUAAGGAAGUGGUUCGAGGCUCCAUCGGCGCCGUGUCCCUGAACAGCUCCAGAGCAGAUACCACGGAGGAGAGUAAACCCUGCUGCAGGAACAUCUAAUCCCACCUCCAUCCUCCAGGAGACCCCAGGGUGGGUGGGUGACGGGUAAACUCCUUGUCCCCCCUUCACCUGGUGCUGGAGCUCGAGGGUCAUGCAGCGAUACGAGCAAACUGACAGUCCUGGCUUCGGUGAUGCCAUUUUCAAAUGAUGAAGUUGGACAAACUGCACGGUUCUGCAUUCAAAAGACGAUCGAUAAAUGUGAACGAAUGUAGCUGGACACCAGCAUCAGUCUUUUACGAGUCCCUGCUGUCCCCCCGAGCGUAGGUCACAUAGGUAAAACACAACUUUGUUACCUAUAAGAUGAUAUCUUUACCACAUGUGCAGAAAACUGGUAACAUCAUGGCAUGUUUAAUACUUUAAAAGACACGUGACCCGUUUCGGUUCAUGUGCUAACAGUGUGCUUGUGCUAAAGCUUAUGAGCCAUGAUGAUGCGGAAAGUGUUUUAUUGUGGAAAAUAUCAACUCUACUGCUCAAUGUCAUGUCUGCAGCACGACCACAUAUUUCUUUUGUUUUACUUUAUAAUCUAUUUCAACGCAUAUAAUGGUUUAUCUAGAAAAUAAACAUGGUACAAGUAUUCGUAUCUCAUGCAUGUAUAAUCCCACAUUUCAAGAUCUGUAUCUAAUAUUAGCAUCUUGUAUUUUCUUUUUCACUGUUGCAGCCAAAGAAUUUGCGUCUAAAUACUGAACUUUGUGAGAUUUGUUGUGUGCUUGAAGUGUCUUUCUGCUGUUUGGAAUAGUCAAAGA